ACAGCUCCAGACCCGGCAUGUCUGGGUCCUGGCCAUGAAGGAGCCGGAAGAGCAGGAAGAGAAGUUGGCCGCCGCGCAGCCGGCAGGAGGGGGAUUGGAGAACGGCGGGGAAACUGGCACAGAUCCCCUCGUCGCGAACCCCCUCUAUCAAACAUGAGUCUUGAAGAGUUGUAUCCAACGUAUCAACCGCGCUGCCCAGGACACAAACUAGCUUCUCGGCACUCUCUUGGAUGUACACACAUCCCUGCGAUAGCCAUGAUCAUCGCUCGGUGGCAGCCUUCAUCUCUAAACUAUUGUCCCUAUCUAUACGGAGUAGAUAUGGGACACCCCGGAGUCGACUCAGUGACAGUUAGACUCGGCCUUACCCCAAGCCCGCCGGUGUCACUCUGCAGACCUGUCAACCUACAGCCUAAAAUUUGGGAAUACUGUACAGUCGACGGCCAACCACAAUAUACGAUGUUGGCGCUAUUGCAGAUACACUACUGCAGAAGUGACAGUACCCCUGCGACUAACAACCUUCUAGAAGGAGGGGAUCUCCACAAUGGAUGUUUCUUGGAAGGCAGAGAGAUGUCUUACUGGCCGUGGCGUAGUGGAGAAGGCAGAAACUCUCGUCUUCUAUCUUUCUGGGCGCAGCCGAGUUCAUCACCGAAAGCAUCGAUCCCUCAACCUCACCCACCCCCUCCUCCAUCUUCUUGUCUCUGGCGGGUCCAAUUAUAUUCUCCAUUACAACGCCCAGCACCGCUCUCAGCCUCUCGAGGAGCGGGUUGCCCAGAAUGAGACCCGCUGCCUAGAGUCUCGGCGGCUCAACAUGGCAGGCGAGAGCGUCAAGAUCAACCGAGAUCUGGAUUGCGUGCUGUUGAACCGCUCGCGUGUUCACGACCGAUUUUCGGUCAAACAGCUUCAGACUGCUCCAACAGGUUGGAAAGCCUGGGGGUCCCCUGAGCAGAGCCCCGCGCAGAGCCGCCAAGGCUGA